AUGGCCAACAAAAAGUCCAGUGGCGCAGAGAUCACCGAGGCGGAGAGGAAUGACCCCAACGCUGCAUGGGAGGCGACCAUCACGAAAGGAAUGAAGGAAACCGAGUCCGAGAUGUUUCUGCAGUGGAUAUCCAUCAUCAUGAUAGGCGUUGCCAUCAACGACGACAACGAAGCUUACGAGAGGUACCAAUGGAUCGAUACCCACAGUCAGCAAUCGAAAGGAAUCUGUAUCAACAAGCUCUGGUGGAUUGGUUGGUUGGAGAAAGGAGAAUGGGCAUUCGUCAAACAGAGACCGCGCGAAAGUGGAAAAGUCUGGGGCAGUGGUAUCUGUCGGUUCGACGCAAUGGAUCAAGUGCAACUGCACGGUCAUGUGAACAGCGCAAUAUCGUGCUUGUAA